AUGACUAAACUGUCUUCUGUCCUUCCCUGCCCCGCAGAUUGGACGCCAGAAGACUAUUACAGCUACGAGCAUUCCAGCCCAGAUGAAGGUUCCAGAGUCGUGCCGACCUCCCCUGAGAACCCCGAUUGGUACUACGCAGAUGAUGGUGGGUAUCCAUGCCAGUCCAACCCCUGUGAACACGGUGGGAACUGUAUCAUCAGAGGGGACACCUUCCAUUGUAGCUGCCCAGCCCCCUUCUCAGGAAGUCGGUGUCAGAACGCCCAGAACAAGUGUAAGGACAACCCGUGUGUCCACGGUGAAUGCCUUAUUACCCAGAAGCCUCCAUACUACCGCUGCGCCUGCAAAUACCCCUAUACAGGACCAGACUGCUCCCGGGUUCUUCCGGCAUGCAGACCAAAUCCCUGCCAGAAUGGUGGUGUCUGCUCCCGUCACAGACGGAGGUCCAGGUUUAGCUGUGCCUGUCCAGACCAGUACAGGGGGAGAUUCUGUGAAAUAGGUCCGGACGACUGUUAUGUCGGUGAUGGCUACUCUUACCGAGGCAAAGUGAGUAGGACAGUCAACCAGAGCCCAUGCCUUUACUGGAAUUCCCACCUCCUCUUGCAGGAGAAUUACAACAUGUUUAUGGAGGACGCUGAGACCCACGGGAUUGCAGAUCACAACUUUUGCAGAAACCCGGAUGGAGACCACAAGCCCUGGUGCUUUGUUAAGGUUAACAAUGAAAAGGUGAAAUGGGAAUACUGUGACGUCACAGUCUGCCCCACUCCAGUUAUUCCUAACCCAGAUGCAAGCCUUCUGGAGCCUGUGAUGGAGGUGCCAGGAUUCAACUCCUGUGGGAAGACAGAGACAGCUGAGCAUGUUGUCAAGCGUAUCUACGGGGGCUUUAAGAGCACAGCGGGCAAGCACCCGUGGCAGGUGUCCCUGCAGACCUCACUGCCGCUGACCACCUCCAUGCCCCAAGGCCACUUCUGUGGGGGUUCCCUGAUUCACCCCUGCUGGGUGCUCACUGCAGCCCACUGUACUGAUAUAAGCACCAGGCAUCUGAAAGUCGUGCUAGGGGACCAGGACCUGAAGAAGACGGAAUCUCAUGAGCAGACCUUUGGGGUAGAAAAGAUACUGAAGUACAGCCGGUACAACGAGAAAGACGAUAUUCCCCACAAUGACAUCGCUUUGCUCAAGUUAAAGCCAGUGGAUGGUCACUGUGCUCUGGAAUCCAAAUACGUGAAGACCAUAUGUCUGCCCAACGACCCCUUUCCCUCUGGGACUGAGUGCCACAUCUCCGGCUGGGGAGUAACGGAAACAGGGGAAGGGUCCCGCCAGCUCCUGGAUGCUAAAGUCAAGCUGAUCUCUAACACUUUGUGUAACUCCCGCCGACUCUAUGACAAUACAAUCGAUGACAGUAUGGUCUGUGCAGGGAACCUCCAGAAGCCUGGAUCAGACACCUGCCAGGGUGACUCUGGGGGCCCUCUGACCUGUGAAAAGGACGGCACUUACUUCGUCUAUGGGAUCGUGAGCUGGGGCCAAGAAUGUGGGAAGAAGCCAGGCGUCUACACUCAAGUCACCAAAUUUCUGAAUUGGAUCAAAAACACCAUCCAAAAGGAGGCUGGCUUCUGA